GCGCGAGGCGGGAGAGCAGCAGGCCUCGGCUCAACGUCCUGUUCCCGCUCUGACCUCAGGAGGCGGCUGCCCAGGGCCCAGGCGCGGCCGGUGACCACGUGCCGACGACAGCAGCCAUGGAAGUCGGCUCUUGCUUUAGAAACUACUACGACUUCAAAGAAUGCUUCAACACGUACAAGAAGGAGAACAAGUGCCACUACGGCUUAAAGAACUGCGUCUCGGUCCGCUUUUACAACCGCAAACAUGGAACCAGCAUCCGUGAGGACAUCACGUUCAUCCAGGUGAAGUUUGGCUGUGUCCGGACACGGGAAUACAGUAAGAAGAGAAAACAACAGCCCAGCUUGUGUCCGGCCUUUUUUAUCCUGCAGUAUAACGAGGAAAUAGAUCGGUUGGUGAUUACUGACCUGAACAGCAAUCACAUCCAUGUAGACCCAGGAGGAGCUUCCCUGGCCCGUACUAGCUCUUCUCAAGUGACAAGAGCCACAACCAAAACUGCAGGUUGCUUGGCAGACGGCAGCCCCAGAACAAAACUGCGCAGACAACAGUCGAGAGAGACCGAAGCCACCGUGACGCUGAGUGAGGAGUGCGCGAUGGCUGACGUGACUCUGAAUGGGGCCUCUGCGCCGCUCACCAAGGCUGCUGUGCUCCCCGAGCCAGUGAAGGAAAGUGCCUCAACUUCAGCGUUAGUCAGAAUUGCAGAGGUCAUGAAAAACUUCCUGAGGGUGGACAUGGGCUCGCUGGCUUCUAUCAGCGUGGGCAGCAACCAGGACCUCGACAGACUGAACUUCCAGACCAGCAAGAUGAGGAGCCUGUUUGUCAAGUUCCCAGAGAGCCUUUUGCUGCACAGGGUGCAGAGCGAGCGAGGGCAUGUGCUUUACGCUUUCCUGGUGGAGAGUAAGGAGCGAGUAGGGAAGAUGGUGCAUUUUGCUGUCCUGAAGGAGGACACUGGUGAGAAUGUAAGCAAAAUGCUGACUGUCUUCAGAGAGUUCAAUCCCGAGUGGCAGAAGGUCAAGGUAGUCUUUGUGGACAUGUCUUUUCGUCACAAAGCCACCAUGCAGGAGCUCUUCCCCACAACCCAGGUGCUUCUCUCUGUCUACCACACUGUCCGAUUCCUUGAGAAGAAGGUCAAGGAAACAGAGGCCUCAGUUUCCUUCAAACACAAGCUGAAGCUGGCUUUGAAGGAGGUGGUUUUUUCUACCUCCACUGCAAAUCUAGACAUCUUGUCUCAGCUGGUAAAGCGCUUGGACAAGGAGCUGUACGACUAUCUUCAGACCAACUGGUUCUCUUGUGAGAUGCUGUGGUACAUGCACGCAAAGAAGGGCCUUCAUUCCUGCAGCACCUAUGUAGACAGUCUGGAUCUCAUCACUCAUAAAAUAUCCAGUCUCUUCAACAAGCAGUUAUCCCUGGAGACCAGCAUUGUUCACUUUGUUGAAUAUGCAGACUGCUUCAAUACCAAAGGUCUGGAAAACCUGAACCAGGGCAUCUCAGUUGUUGAGGAGGAGAAUCGGAGCAAACGCAUGGAAAAAUCUAAGGUGCGUACUCGCGCCUCCUUGAAACGCACCCCUGAUGCUGCCUCACCACCCCAAAACAAAUGUUCUGAGCCCCCCAGCCAAAUUGCCAAACAGAAUCCUGCAAAGACCCCAGGCACCAUGCUGGCAGCGAUCCGAGAAAGUUGCACAGACCUGAGCUACCAGCUGUGUCUGAAUGAAUGGGAGGUGGUACAGCGGUCAACUCAGCUCAUUAAUGUCAUGAAAGAUAAUAUUGUGGUGCAGUUGCUAGAAGACACACACCAAGUCAGCAAAGACUGCAAGAGCUGCAGCUGUUACUUUCACUGCCGGUACCAGCUCCCCUGCAGGCACAUCCUCUCUGUUCUGCAUGCCAACAAGAAAGCUGUGGAAGAAGCUAUGGUAUGCAAGCGUUGGCAGAAGAAGUACCAGCAUCUUUCAGUCUUGGGAGAAAAUCUCCUAGAGGAUAUUAGGCCCUCAGUAGGUAACCUGCCAGCAGCUGCAGAAGAAAGAUACGACAAAAUCCAGUCCCUCAGCAAGGAGCUUGCUAAUCUCCUGAUGCAGUGUGAUGGGGAAGAGUUAGAAGAGCGCAGCUCCACGCUCAAAAUGAUUGUGGAUAUUUGGGCAAAAUCCUCAGAGCCAGUGGAGGACUCUGGGAAAUGUGCCACUUUCAGAAAUGUGGGGGACUUGCCAUUUCUGUGGGUAAAGCAGGAGGAAAUGGAAAUGGAGGAUGCUGAGAGAUCACUGGCAGGUACCAACAUGGUCCAGAUUUGAAAUGUCAGCCAUUCUGAACUCAGACUGGGAGAUUCAAGUGAGCUGUUGGUUUAACCCUCUCCUAGCUUCUUAUGGUUCUCUCCCCAUUCCCAGUCCCAGGAGACUCAGGGUUAACUGUUAACUUCCAAGACUGUUGAAGAGCUCAGUAAUAAACUUGAGACUUUCCUGUGUGAUCUUGUGUCUUCUCGGACUAGCCAUGUUGUGGGGAUUUUUGUUUUCUUGUUUGCAAGAUAGGAUAGAUGGGUAGAAUAUGGCAAUUCCCACUUGCCAAGAACACGCGAGGUGCCUGUGUGAGAACCUCAGGGCUGCUGAAGUCCGGCCAGUAAUGCUCUGUUGGAUGGUCUUCUUAGCCCUACCACAAAGGCCUGAAAACAAAGCUGAAUCUAGUUCAGGGGGCCUUGCACUUAGCCCCUGGUUUUAGGGAUAAAAUGAACGAGAUUCCUGGCUCAUUCUUCAGUUUCUGGAAAUUGGUUUUUUGGUUUCAAAAUUUGGAGUGAAUGUGUUCUCAUUGCUCGCUGUGGUAAGAUUUAAAAAAAAAAAGUACUUGGCUUCAUACAGGCAGAGAGAUCUAAGUCCAGCUGCCUGCCUCCCUUCACCCUCUGCUGUGCACUAUUUCAGGGCUGUGCCCUGCUCUCUAAGUAGCAGCUGGAAGAAAGUGCAAUAAUGGUUUGUAUGUUGCUGUUUGUGCUGAGGCCACUGCUAGCAGUGGUCAUGUCGCUGCUGUGUAUUUAGACCAAAUUAAUUGUUAAAAUACAGUUCUGACUGUUGUUUUGCCAUUAAAUUUGUUUUCCAGUUUGGCUUAGGCCGUA